UCACCAUUAUUAUUGGGGGGUUUGUUUAAGUGCUCAUUCAUUCAAUCCAAAAUCCAAAAACAUUCACCUGCGUCAUCUCCCCAUCUGCAACACCCACAAAAAAUCAUGUCAAAUUCCGAAGAAUCAAGCCCUCUUUUAUCAAACCAACCUCAACCCACCACCACCGAUGAAACCACCAACAAAUCCCCCACCAAAACCCCACCCACACCCGACACGAAGACCAAGCAAUCUCCUCCACCAAUUGCACCAGUUUACGGCUGGACCGCCGACGGCUUGCCGUUGACUCACGCCGGAGCUAAUGUCAUUGGGGAGCCGUUGCCUAGGGCUCAAUGGGAUUCAGGAUUAUUCGCUUGUCUCGGUCAUAAUGAUGACUUCUGUAGCAGCGAUCUUGAAGUUUGUCUUCUUGGGAGUGUGGCUCCUUGUGUGGUUUACGGAAGUAAUGUCGAAAGGCUCGGAUCGGCUCCUGGGACUUUUGCGAAUCAUUGUUUGCCUUAUACUGGUUUGUAUCUGAUUGGGAAUUCGUUGUUCGGGUGGAACUGUAUGGCGCCUUGGUUCUCGUAUCCUACUCGUACGGCGAUUCGCAGGAAGUUUAAUCUUCAGGGUAACUGGGAGGGAAUGAGCAAAUCAUGUGGUGGAUGCUGCGACAUGGAGGAAGAACAACUGGAGCAGGCUGAGUUGGCGUGUGAUUUUGCAACUCAUGUUUGCUGCCACCCGUGCGCUCUUUGCCAAGAAGGUCGUGAGAUUCGCCGUAGGGUUCCUCAUCCUGGGUUUGGGGCCCAGGCGAUGGCGGUAAUGAUCGCUCCUGGCGGUCAAACCAUGGGCCGCCAUUGAAAGUAUCUUGAACUUGACACGGAAGGAAAGUGAAGAUCUGUUAUAAUAUUUUGUGAAACUCAUACUUUAUGAUAAUAUGUGAGUAAAUAAGUAUGGACCGCGAUAUUGCCACUUGUGUGCUUGUGCUAUGUUGUGGAAAUGUUCUUAUUUUUUGUGUGUGAUAAAUUCGUUCUGAUCUAGUGAUCUUUAGCC